AUGACGUCCCAAAAUCCACCGCCCCGACCACCUCCAACAACCCCUGCAGCAACUCCCGGUGGUGUGCAGUACAACACCAGAAGGGAGAGCGAGGCAGUUGCCAUUGAGCAGCGGCGUCAACAGCAGCAACGGGCAACAGAUGCCCAGCGGCGUGGUGAAGAGCCAUUGCCGGAGCAAUCGGAGUCUGAAAUGGCGCGCUGGUGGCCGGAGGAAAAUCAAAACUGGUCGGGGAGAAUGUUUGCUUCUCCGCUAGACAAAAACAAGAAGAAGUUUGAUGGCAUGUUUGUGCCGGAAAUGAAAGAGGUGCACGGCCCUGACAAGCCGUUGGAGCUGAGUUAUGCUGGCGAUAACUUCUUCCUCAAUCCGGAUUUUCAUAUGGCUGAUGAGGUGUUUGAUGAAACCCGUCGGUUUGUUCCGCCACCAAGCUUCGAUCCCGCAGUGGAUGAGAUUGAUGACGAGGGUUUUGUGGAUGGACAAGUUAUGUUUGACAUCCAGAAGGCUGUUGAUGAGGACAGACGGCGGUUAGAAGCAUUUGGUAACCCUUUACUUGUUGAGGACCAAGUGGAUUACCUCCUUCAACCGCAACGUGAGGGGCAGGAAAACAUCCAGCAGCGGCAGGAGUUCAAUGGUUUCGUGCACUGGGGCCUGCUGCACGGUGCGCAUAUGAUCAUUGAAGAAAAUCAGGACUACAAGAAAGCGCACGAAUUUGUGAAUCGCUACAUGCGGGACAUCGACCUCUUUCAAAAAUGGUUGGAGCACCCAAAGGUGCGGGCACACAUUCAGAAAAAAUUUGGUGUUGAUAUGCAUGCGAAGUUCGACAAGCUUAUGGCACUUGUUAUGGCAAUGUACGCCCGGUCUAAAAUACAAGUGUAUGAAGAUGACCCAGCAGGAGCCCUGAAGUCCCUAACGGCGUGCAUGAGUUUCAUCAAUGAAGGAGCGGAUCUUAAGAAAGAAAGGCAUCGCAAGGCGAUUGGAGCCGUCCUCGCUGCCCGCGGUAUGGUGUAUUGCAAACUCAAAUCAUACGACCGUGCUGAAGACGAUUUAACAAGGGCAUUACGAUUUGUUAAUCAGAAGCGGUGUGCGACGUUGUUUCAACUCCGUGCUGAGGCACGCGAAGCGUUGGGUCGCAUCGAAGAAGCUCGACUGGACGAAGAAAGGGCUGCGGAAAUUUGGGAGAAUGCUGAGGUGAUUGCUCCUGGUAUGAGCGGAAAGCCGUACAAGUUCGUUUUGUAA